AUGCAGCCACCACUAGAGAAUGAGUCCAUUGUCUUAGUAUUUACACUUUCUGGACUAAAUGAAACCAUGACAAACAGAUUUGUGUUUUUUUCCUUGACUGCAUUGUAUUAUCCAUUAAUUGUGUUUUGUAAUGUGACCAUAAUUUACACUGUAAUCUCACAUAAGAAACUUCAUGAGCCAAUGUAUGUGUUUAUAUGCAAUUUGUGUAUGAAUGGACUUUAUGGCACAGCUGGAUUCUACCCUAAAUUCCUGUAUGAUUUAUUAUCCCAUUAUCACAUGAUUUCUUAUGCUGGAUGUUUGUUUCAGAUAUUUGUAAUUUAUUCAUCUGUUCUGUGUGACAUUUCAACAUUAACAGUGAUGGCAUAUGACAGAUAUGUGGCAAUAUGUAGACCACUGGAGUAUCAUUCAGUAAUGACUGUCAGGAGGAUUCUUCAAUGCAUCCUCUUCUGCUGGCUGACUCCAUUUUUUUGCAUGUGUGUUUUAGUUGUAUUAACAUCAAGGCUAACCUUAUGUGGCUCUAGCAUUGGAAAAUUAUAUUGUGAAAACUGGUCAGUUGUUAAACUCUCUUGUUUUUCUACAACAGUAAAUAAUGUGAUUGGGUAUGUAAUUAUUAUUAUAUAUUUUGGACAUGCAGAGAGGACUCAGAACUCCGGCAGACUACUGAGUCCAGAGUUUUUCCUCAUGUCCGUGAAAAGCAGACAGGGCUUGCCGUCUAGGAGGAGUGGAGAUUGGGAUGGUGGAGGGAUGCUAUGA